UUAGUCGUCGACGCCCCUCCGGGCCGCCCGUGUAUUGCGCUUGGCCUCGACCUGCAUCUGCCGGAACGUGUCUGAGAGCCGCAGGUGGCCUAUGGUGUUCCGGUUGGUGCAGUAGCGAGCGGCGUUGCGGAGGCGGCGCUCGACACGGCUGUCCUCGCCUUCGUUGGCGCGGCGCGGGCACGGGCGCUUCUCCUCGAACCUGAGCAGGACCCAACAACACACACACAUGCAGGUCAUCCAUCGGUUCAAGUCACCCGUGUCUUCUAUAAUUCGCUCACUUCUCGAGGACGCGGUCGAGCUGGGCGUUUGUGAAGUCCCAGCCACUCCGAAGAGUGUCGGCAGCAGGCUGACGCCGCGGGUGGGGUCGGACACCAAAUACGCCACGCUCAACACAUGCUCACUCCCCUGGCCCCUGAACACACAUCCACACGUAAAAAAACAUAGAGACAUGCAUGGAUGUUUUUUCUCUGUGCCUCCCAUACACUUACGGCAGCAGGGGGCCGUUGUGGAGGAUGCCGUCGAUGAACGGCUUGUACUUGUCCCUAUCCAUGUGGCUGUUGGCCACCUUGGCCUUGGCUUUGUCCACCCUCUCCUGCUCCCCAUCCUCCUCCUGCUGGCGCAUCGUCUCGUUGUCGUCCUCUCGGGACGGACGGUCGUCCCCCCGCAGCGCCGCCCUUUGUUGAUUGUUGAGCCCGUACAGCUCUUCUGCUGUGCCGUAUCGGCCGGGUAUGCGGAUGUCGGGCUGGCCGUCGACCGUCUGUAUCCACCAGUGCCCAUCUGUACCCUUGUAGAUGACGACGCAGCCGUCAACGAUGAGGGGCUCCAGACCCGACUCCUGGAUGAGGAUGCAGAUGGGCACCACGACGCACCAUCACCAGAUAAUUAUACACCACUCCCACCUGAACCAAACACAUCUUGCACUGGAUCCAUGCAUCUGUGCGUCCACCCAUUGACGUAUGCGGCCAGGUCUUAGUUGGGGCAGCAGCGCCAGAUGAUGAUGAGAAGCUGCCAAGAGGUACGUAGCUCCGCCCGUCACCUCGAAAUACUCCAGCACCCGAGGAAUGACGCUCUCCAGGCGCAGAGUGAUGUGUUCGUUGGUCUGGUGGUUGCGGGCAGAAAAGUCUAGCAU